AAAAAUAAAGAAGCGGAAAAUGAAGGCGUGUGCGAUUAUCCUGAUUCUGGUCGUGCACAUUCACGCCGACAGCGUAGAGGGACCUACAGAUGAAUGACAGAGUGCCUACAGGAAAAGGCAUAUGGCUGUACAGCAGUGACUGAUUAGCUGCCUCCUAUAUUGUCUACCAUGGCAAGGUAUGUGUAAGUGUGUUAAGACUAAGAUGCUUCCUACUUAUUAUUUUGAAACAUCACUCUUGCGUUAUCUGUCUUGACAGAGCUUGUUUGUCAUGGCAAGACCUGCUGGAAACCACCCCCCUCCCCUGAAGCAGGUCCAAUCAGCCCUCAGUAGAGUGGCAUGGCCAUCAGAGCUCAGUGUGUCUCCACCCAGCAGGGCAUCAAUCAACAGCAGUUCGACACGUGCCACUGCUGUGGGCAUUGAGCAGGCUGUACGUUUGAUGAGGACUCUGACCCCAGCCUGUGUGAGUUCAGCCAGGGAGAGGAGGAUGAUUUUGAUUGGCAGCUUUUCCGCACCCACACCUUACUUCACAGCACCCCUGAUCUCCUGCAUGGCUCCUACAUGAUAGUAAACUCAUCCCAGCAUGCUGCUGGCCAGAGAGCUCAGCUGUUGCUGCAGACGCUCAGCGAGAAUGACACACACUGCGUCCAGUUCAGCUAUUUCCUGUAUAGCCGGGACGGACACAGCCCUGGGGCACUGCGAGCAUACGUGCGGGUGAACGGCGGGCCACUGGGCAUGGCUGUGUGGAACAUCUCAGGCUCACAGGGGCGUCAGUGGUAUCAGGUGGAGCUGGCAGUCAGCACCUUUUGGCCCAAUGAAUAUCAGGUAUUGCUGGAGGCGACUGUAGACCGUUGGGGCUAUAUUGCCGUGGACAACAUCUUGCUGCUGAACUAUCCUUGCUAUAAAGCCCCUCAUUUCUCUCGCCUGGGGGAUGUGGAGGUCAACGCUGGACAGAACGCCACCUUCCAGUGUGUGGCAGCAGGAAGAGCAUCAGAGGCAGAGAAGUUUUUACUGGAACGGCACAAUGGCGAGGUGUCCUCAGGUGGCUCAGUCAAGCACCUGGGCCGCAAUCGUUUUUCAGUGUCCUUCCAGCUGGAGGACGUCCAGAGGCCUGAGCAGGACCUCUACCGCUGUGUUACCCAGUUGUCCAGAGGCUCUGGUGUUUCUAACUUUGCUGAACUCAUUGUAAAAGUUCCCCCCUCUCCCAUUGCUCCACCCCAGCUGCUGAGAGCGGGUUCCACAUACUUGAUCAUCCAGCUCAACACCAACUCCAUCUUGGGUGAUGGGCCUAUCAUUCGCAGAGAGAUCGAGUACCGAGCAAGCCAUGCUCCUUGGUCUGAGAUCAAUGGCGUGAACAUGCUCACCUACAAGCUCUGGCACCUGGAUCCAGACACCGAGUACCACAUUAGUGUACUGCUUACCAGGCCUGGAGAAGGUGGCACUGGACCCCCCGGACCCCCUCUUAUCAGCAGAACUAAAUGUGCUGAACCCAUGCGAGCACUGCGUGACCUGAGGGCUUCAGAGAUUCAAGCUCGGCAGCUCAUCCUGCAGUGGGAACCUCUGGCCUUUAACCUCACACGCUGCCACACCUAUUCUGUCUCGCUGUGCUACCGCUACGCCAUAGCAGGGGGCACCGGCGGUGCUGGGCACAACACCACCAUCAGAGAGUGCCUAGCAGUGGAGCGCAACACCUCACGCUUCACCCUUCGAGACCUGCCACCCUACCACAGCAUCCAUGUGCGCCUUGCCCUUGCCAACACUGAAGGCAAGAAGGAGGGGAAAGAGGUCAUGUUCCAGACAGAGGAGGACAUUCCUGGAGGAAUCACCCCAGAGUCUUUAACCUUCACCCCGUUGGAUGACAUGGUCUUUCUAAAGUGGGAGGAGCCAGUGGAGCCUAAUGGUAUCAUUACUCAGUAUGAGAUUAGCUACCAAAGCAUUGAGUCAUCUGACCCUGGAAUCAAUGUGCCAGGUCCACGGCGCACUGUAUCCAAGCUGAGGAAUGAAACAUACCACAUGUUCUCCAACUUACAUCCAGGUACCACUUACCUCAUCUCAGUACGGGCACGAACUGCCAAAGGUUUUGGCCAGACAGCCCUCACCGAGAUCACCACCAACAUCUCAGCACCCACCUUUGACUAUGGAGACAUGCCAUCUCCACUGAGUGAGACAGAGAGCACUAUAACUGUGCUGCUGCGUCCCGCCCAAGGCCGUGGUGCCCCAGUCAGUAUGUAUCAGGUAGUUGUGGAGGAGGAGAGUGGGAGGAAGUUGAAGAGAGAGCUGGGGAUGCAGGAAUGUUUUCCCGUUCCCACCUCUCAUGGUGAGGCACAGGCACGUGGCGCUCCACACUACUACACAGCUGAACUGCCCCCCAGCAGCCUGGCUGAGGCCAUACCCUUUACUGUGGGGGACAACCACACCUACAAUGGCUACUGGAACAGCCCACUAGACCCCAGGAAAAACUACCUCAUCUACUUCCAGGCCAUGAGCAACUUCCGAGGGGAAACAAGAAUAAACUGCAUCCGAAUUGCCCGUAAAGCGGCCUGUAAGGACCUCCGGCGGGCUAUGGAGGUGACACAGCACUCGGAGGAGAUGGGGCUGAUUCUGGGAAUCUGUGCAGGGGGGCUGGUGGUCCUUAUUCUGUUACUAGGAGCCAUAAUCAUUAUCAUUAAGAAAGGUAGGAAGCCUGUGAACAUGAAUAAGACUCCCAUUACGUACAGGCAGGAGAAGAGUCAUAUGAUGGGCUCAAUGGAGCGCAGCUUUGCAGACCAGAGCACCCUGCAGGAGGAUGAGAGGAUGGCUCUGUCCUUUAUGGAUGCCCACACCUGCAGUACCCGGAGUGAUCCACGCAGCUCCAUGAAUGAGUCAAGCAGCCUGCUUGGUGGAUCACCUCGGAGGCAUUGUGGCAGUAAAGGUUCUCCGUACCACACUGGCCAGCUUCACCCUGCUGUACGUGUAGCUGACCUGCUGCAACACAUCAACCAGAUGAAGACGGCAGAGGGCUACGGAUUCAAACAGGAGUAUGAAAGCUUCUUUGAAGGCUGGGACGUCACAAAGAAGAAGGAUAAAACGAAGGGAAGACACGAUACUCUAAUGGACUAUGAUCGUCAUCGUGUGAAGCUGCACCCACUCCUUGGGGAUCCGAACUCCGACUACAUUAAUGCCAAUUACAUUGAUGGCUACCAUCGAUCCAACCACUUCAUUGCCACACAGGGGCCCAAGCAGGAGACAGUGUACGAUUUCUGGAGGAUGGUGUGGCAGGAGAACUGCUUCAGCAUUGUUAUGAUUACCAAGCUUGUGGAGGUGGGCAGGGUUAAGUGCUAUAAGUACUGGCCUGAUGACACAGAGAUGUAUGGAGACAUUAAGAUCAGCCUGCUGAAGACAGAAACUCUGGCUGAAUAUGCAGUACGCACCUUCUCCUUAGAGAGGAGGGGUUACUCAGCUAAGCAUGAGGUGCAGCAGUUCCACUUUAUGUCAUGGCCAGAGCAUGGAGUUCCAUACCAUGCCACAGGCCUGCUGGCCUUCAUCCGCCGUGUCAAAGCCUCUACACCAGCUGAUGCUGGCCCUGUGGUGGUCCACUGCAGUAUGGGAGCUGGUAGGACAGGCUGCUACAUUGUGCUGGAUGUCAUGUUGGACAUGGCGGAGUGUGAGGGAGUGGUGGACAUCUACAACUGUGUAAAAACUCUCUGUUCCCGCCGCAUCAACAUGAUCCAGACAGAGGAGCAGUACAUAUUCAUUCAUGAUGCCAUCCUGGAAGCAUGCCUAUGUGGAGAGACAGCUAUACCAGUGAACGAGUUUGCGCUCACAUAUAAGGAGUUGCUAAGGGUUGACUCCCAGAGCAACUCCUCACAGCUACGAGAAGAGUUCCAGACGUUGAACUCUGUAACACCUCACCUGGAUGUGGAGGAGUGCAGCAUCGCACUAUUACCACGGAACCGUGAGAGGAAUCGCAGCAUGGAUGUUUUGCCGCCAGACCGUGCUCUUGCUUUCCUGGUUACCACAGAGGGUGAUAGUAACAACUACAUCAAUGCUGCUCUCACUGACAGCUUCCAUCGGCCAGCAGCCUUCAUAGUGACGCCCCAUCCUCUGCCUGGCACAACCACUGACUUCUGGAGGCUGGUGUUUGACUAUGGAUGCACCUCCAUUGUCAUGCUCAACCAGCUGAACCAGUCAAACUCUGCCUGGCCUUGUGUGCAGUAUUGGCCCGAGCCUGGUCUCCAGCAAUAUGGCCCCAUGCAGGUAGAGUUUCUCUCCAUGUCUGCUGAUGAGGAUAUCAUCACGCGUCUGUUCCGGGUUACAAAUGUGUCACGGCUACAGGAGGGUCAUCUGGUGGUGUGCCAGUUCCAGUUCCUGCGCUGGUCAGCGUAUCGUGAUGUUCCUGACUCCAAGAAGGCCUUCCUUAACCUGCUUGCCCAUGUGCAGAAGUGGCAAAGAGAAUGUGGCGAUGGUCGCACUGUGGUCCACUGCCUUAAUGGAGGUGGGCGUAGUGGCACAUUUUGUGCAUGUACUAUUCUGAUGGAGAUGAUCCAGUACCAGAGCAUGGUGGAUGUGUUCUAUGCCGCUAAAACACUGCGAAACGCCAAACCCAACAUGGUGGAGUCACUGGAGCAGUACCGCUUCUGUUAUGACCUGGUGAUGGAAUAUUUGGAGUGCAUGGACCUCAGAUAGCAACAUAUCUCAACUGUCCUCUAAGUACAGAGGAGGACUGCUGGCAGACUCACUUUCUUUAUUCUCUCUAUCGCUGAGCUCUCUUUCCAUCUCUCUCCCUUUCUCUUUUGUCAGCUCGCUCACACCAAAACUCUUUCCUAGGAGGGGAAGAACAGAAAAUAAACAUGUGAGCAGAACCUUUCGCCUUUUCGCCCCGGAAUGUCUAGAUGUGGUGGACCAUCCAUCUCCUAGUUGUUUGUGGUUUAGUGUUGUUUUGUCAGCAUCUUUUCCCCUCCUGUUGUCCCCUGAGCUGUGAGCAAUCCACUCAAAAUAACUCAAAGCCAACCCAGAUACCCAGAGUGCGAGUGUGUUUUGACUUCACUUCCUGAGAGUAUGACCAGUGUUCUGUUCCAUACUGUGCUGGGAAUGCUCAAAGACAGGAAGUGUCCCUAGUUGGCUGGACUGAGGAAAAGAAAGGUGUGUUGCUUGGAUGUGUUCUCCGUAUGUGCAGUACAGUACACUAGAGUGAGACAUCUGAGCCAUGGCAUGUAAGAUCAAGAAGGGGCAAACACACACACACAAGCAAACACGAAAACACUCUCUCCGUUACCUGAACAUUGAAUCUGCAGCCAGCUCUUCAUUACUUCAGUUAACAGUGCAUCACUAUGGCUGCUUCUUCACUAAAGAGCCUUGGACAUCCAUUUUAUAAUAAGGUGUCUGGACUGCAUUAUACAAUCCUAGUAUUGUACCUGGUUGGACCAUCUAUAAUUGGACCAAUAAGAAUGCAUCAUAUUGGUCUAUGAGUACACAAAGACAGAGUCUGUUAUUUCCUGCAAUACAAAAUUCAAUGUCACUGAUUAUAAAGAGAGCUGUCAUAAAUUUGAUGGCUUUAAUAUUCUGCACUGGCUCAAUUUUUCUUUUGCUUUUCUCACUUGUACAUAGAAUUAACGUCUGCAGAUGUUCUGUUUGACGUCUAAGGCGCUAAUCUAUCUUAUGUAUGCAGAGGGAGUGCAUUAAUAGUCAGUAUCAGACAAAAUGUGGUUUACAGGUUGACUCUGACAUUUGCCCUCAAAUAGCUGAAUAAGAGAAGCGCUACUGGAGAUUUACAGUUGCAUUAAGAGGCUGCAACAAGGGCAAACCUAAACUCGAAAGACAGGGGUAGAUUGAUACAUGGGAAGUCAACAAGUGUUGACUUCUAACCAUUUAUCUUCACUCUGACAUGUAUUUGUCAAUUGGUUACUGUUUAGCAGUGUUGUGGACCUUUGGCUAAAUAUGGCUGUCUAAGUGUUCAACUGAUGCAGCAUCUUGGACUUAAGAUAUGUUAAAAUAUCCCUUUAAUUUGCAGUUUCAGCAGGUGACCCUGCUGACCCACUUCACCAUCCAUCCAUCCAUACAUAUAUACAUACAUAUUGUACAGUCUGAAUACAAAUAUUGAUUUCUAAUUAUUAUUUCCAAUGGUUAUUUCCAAUUUCAAACAAUAAAUAAAAUUAAUGUAUAUUAUUCUUCAAUUUAUCUACUGCUUAUAUGGUAAUGAGAGGAGCAUGUCUCAUUGUGCACAAGCAUCGCUUGAGCAUUAUAGUCUAGAAAUUGUACCCCCAUAUUAAAGCCAUAUUAAAUAUCAAUGAGACUCAUGCUGGGUAAGUGUAUUUUAGGAAGGUCAGUUUAAAAAAAAAGUCACAAAUCCUUGCUGAAAAAUCUAUUUUAAUCUGAUCAGUUACCAGCUGCCAGAUGUAGGCCAAGCUCAUGAAACUGAUAGGCCACCUUUGCCAGCUGAAAUGUUAUUUCAGAUUCUUUAUUUGCUUCAUUAAUUUAGUCGAUGAGUAAAUGUUUGAGAUUUUCUAAUUGCCUUACUGUUGAGUUAUUUCCCUAAUAUUCCAAUGUAGUAUUAAUAGGGGUGACUCAGAAACUCAGUUUCCUUCUUAACAUCAUUUUCCAGCUGGCGAAGAUGGUGUACCAGUUUGACCCGCUCGAGUCUGUGUUUUGGCAACCGGUAGCUGGUUAGAUCAAGCUGGAUUUUUCAGCAGGAAUGUGGGAGAAUAAAACUCUAAAAUCAUACAGCCAGACAUCUAUAUCUACAUGAAUUGUACUGCUUUUUAAUGCCAUGGAAUAUCAGUAAGCUGUAGUUUGAUAGUUGUUCGUGCAAAAUCAGGUAAUGUGGGAAAAUGAAAUAGGUAAAGUAAUAUUUGCAAUGUAACUGCUUUCCCACAGCAUUAUUAAAGCACACAAUUUGUUGCACAACUCUGAUUGUGUAGAGCCACAGCUGAAGCCAAAUCCAUCUGAACUAGAAUAGAUUGUCCACUUCUGGUAACUAUAUGAAAUCUAGUACUAUGCUUUAGUACUAUUGUACUUCAUAUAUGUACAGGCUACAUACAGAUGAAAAUGAAAAUAUUGUUAGUAAUCCCACAGCAUGUUAUAAUGUCAAUUUGACUUGGUUUGUAAAUCAUUUCCGAAAACAUUUGAGAUGUCGUUUUAAAAUUAUAUUGGCAUUAAUAAGAGCAUAGGGUAAUCUAGACACUGUAAGAUUCCAUUCAAAUCAAUAGGAUGAUUAACACGAACACUUUCAAUUGCUCUAUUCUGCAUUAACCAUCAAUAUCAGAUUCAAGCCCCAUUUAACAAGUGGUAUGUUUGGACACAUCUGUCUCAUUAUCCUAAAAAAGUGGUAAGGAGAGUAGUAAAUGUCGCAUUAAUUUAAUAGACAAUAGAUAAAUGAUUAAAGAUACUAGAAUCAAUAAAAUAGGAAAAGUCAGAAGUUGAAAAUAUAGGGGGUAGUAAAUGAUAAAUGAACAAAUAAUAUCAGUUUAAUUUUUCAUUUAUUUUAUUGACUGACUGUUUAUAAUCAGAAUUCUUUAUUCACUAUCAUUAAUUCUAAUAUACAUUUAUAUAGCCUAAUACAAUAUACAUACUGUAUAAUGAUCGAUUUAAUUCACACACAUUUCCAUAACAUACAACCCAAUCUCAUCUGAAAAUCACACACCUCUCAAAUAAUUCUCUAACUGCAGAGCUGCUAAACAUGUCAUAUUGGAGAUUCAUCAGGUUAAUUGUCAUAAAAAACACACACAAGAUUUUAGUGCAGCUGCUUUGCCAGUUUUAUAGCUGUGCAUAUGUCAUUCCAGAUGUUGAGCUUCUGAGUGACGGUCUCUCUAGCCAAUGGCAUCCAGCACAGUCCAGAAUUCCAAGCCAACAAGCUGGUUUAGAGAGUCAAGGGAAUCCACUGAAUGGUCUGACAGAUGGAACAGUUUAUAAUAGGAAAGAGUUAUUGAGGGCUGAUCCAGAGAAUUUCAAUAAACUGUAUAUUCUUUUACUACCCUGAACUUUGUGAGAAAGUGCCUGGACCCUCAUACUGGAAAAGAAGAUUAUGUGUACAUAUGGAUGUAUAUUUGUUAAUGUGAAUAGUAUGUGAAUAAACCAAUACAUGCUUGGCCACAUUUAAAAGUAAAUACUAAAAAAGUUGAAUGUAUUGUACUGUACAGUAUAUUACCUUUUGAUUCAUUAAUGUGCCACCAAAUUAUAUGAUGCAUAUAUCGCCUGCUGUGGAGCUCAAACAAGAGCCACCUAAAGCCCCUCCAUGAAACCCACCUAUAGUCAUCCCAGACAGCAUAACACUGAAUUCUUUCAUUCUGUCUCUCAUGCAGUAUUAGAGACAUAUUUUCCAUUUCAUUUGUUCUUUUGUACAGCAUGUUGUUCAAUGGUCCAGUGUGCUUAUUCAGACAGCGUGGAAAAACAGUGGACUUUUGCCAUCUAGUCUGAUAUGGAAACAGCCUUUGGGCAGUUUUUUCCAUGUUGUUAUAAUUCUUUUUCUUCUUUUUGUAAGUGUUUGUGUAUGGUGCUGAAUGGACUGAAAAGAAUAUUGUGUUUUUGACCAUGUAUUUGUGGGUUUGCAGUGGGACAUGGAAGCUGACAUGACACACAGAUUUGGGGGUUGGAGGGGUUUUUUGUCUUUAAAAGAAGAUGAAUAAAAGAUUCUACAAUGGACAUUA